GCUCCAUGGAUACCAAAACGAAAGCUGCAGCAGUGCAUUCUUUUUCUAUCUGUACAUCCCUUAUUCGACCACCCCGCUGCUGCUGUCGGUCUCGUGCUCGUCAUGAUAGCGUAUCCUCAGGCCGCCCACCUCCUUCAGCACAUGACACAAAGAUACAGAACGGCCGAAUGAUACCCCUCAGGUACAUGGCAUCCAUCUGCCGUCCAUGUGUCUAUCGGCUUUACCUGUGCUCUUGCAUCUCUGGCGUCCUCGAGAUGUUCCUCCAGGAAGUCGGCCAAUGCCCACACAUCGAAAUCGUACGGAAUCUGCAGACACAGACACGGAUCGACACACACACGCAUCCCGUGUGUGAGAUGUGUUGCUGCUGCAUGACCCUCUGACCGUGAUGAAUCCGUGUGUCUCGGAGGUAGCAUAGCUGUCUUUGGGUCCGAUGAUGAGCGGCACCGCCACUCGGUCCUCCCGCAUGGCCUUCCACAUGUUCUCCAGCAGCCACACAUCGCUCUCCUUGGUCAAGUUGAGCCCACACACUCGACGAAUGCCCUCCUGAUGGAUCGACGCGGCCACAAAUGCAGUGACCACACAUGAAUAUACGUGUGCUGGCUGUAUGUCACCUUCCUGUGCUCUGGUGAGAGGCCUGGCUGCACAAAGACAAGGUCGGGAUGGUAGCCGCUCUCGAUGAUUCGCACACGAUCCAAAUGGGCCUACGUAUGAGCCAGCGACACAUCCCCGAAACACAAGGCCUCCUGUGUGUCUGUGUGUUGCGUUCGAGGGUCUCUCUCACUUGCACGUCCUCUGGCGGUGUCUCGGGGUCAUCGCCAAACUUGGCCCGCACUUUGGUCAUGGCCUGCUCGUUCACCGCCGCGAGCUUUUUCUUCCUCCGACGUGUGUUCUGCACACACACACAUUCAAUGGAAUGCAUUCAGACUCGUCUGAGUGGAUGGAUGCAGCAAUGCAGAGGCUGACCUUUGUGCUUAUUGCUUUCCUCAGCAGCUGGUUCUGGUACUUGUGGAAGAACCACCGCUGCCACAACAUGCGCCUGCAUACACACAAAGAAACACACAUGCCCGUCCUUGUGCUCAUCUUCUUUGCCUGCACCGUUGAUAUUUCUCGUCCACUUGGUAGACGGCCUGCUUCUUCAUGGCGUCCUCCGUCUGGCGCUCCCACAGGCGUGUCAACUCAUCGCUGGCACACACACACACACAAACACACACAGAGACAGAGAGACAGAGGAGGCGAUCGCACAACCACAGCACAGUCCCUUACCGUUGGAAGUUCUUUGGUGUGAAGAGUGGGCUGGGCUGCGGCUCACUGACAAACGGCCCACCACCCUCAGACAACGCCACCUCCAGAUCACGAAUCAAACUGACACAGACCCACAAACACACACGGAUGAGUGAGUACACGCAAUGAGGCAUCGCUCCUCCGCCCAUCCGCUCACAUACACGGCAGCAAUGUGGUCCCUGUCAAUGACGGACGCCCCUGGAGGGAUGGUGGGGAGCACCAUACGGAACUGCUGCACCCUUCCAGGCAGCAGCCGGCCCCUCCUGGUGCGGUAGGCCUUGAAGAACGACAGAGUGCGGGUCACCACUGGCGGCUCGACGUGUUGCAGGGGGGAGAGGGAAGGUGGGCGUGAGGGCCUGCGGUCGAGGUGGUCGAUGUAGGCGUUGAGCUCGGCGAGGGACUUCUGGUUGAUAGACUUGGCCUCAAAGGGGAAGUGGGGCGUCAGAUCUACGUGGACACAUACGCAGGCAGAGAGGUGAUAUGAGUCAUUCAUUUCAUUCAGUCAUUCAUACACUCAUUGCCGUCGUGCUGUGCCUGCCUGGAUGUAUUUGUUUGAAGAAGAAGUGCAUCAUCUUGCGGAUGCCGCUCCCGACACCACCACCAGCAGCAGGAGAAGACCAUCGAGAUGCAUCUCCACUGCUGCCCUCAUGUCCACCAUCAGUGUGUGCGCCGCUGUCUGCCUGUGACUGUGACUGUGACGAUGCAGCAGAUGCGAAGCACCUGACACGGCUUGAUGCAGCUGCCGGCCUCCAUUGACUCAUCGCACCGAUUGAGCGUUCCUUCAGCUGGUGAGCAUGAAUGCGAUGCAUCGGCGCUU